AUGGGCUGUGCGAAUGGGGAGGGCUGCGGGAUGCGCGAUCCAGACGCGGCCGACGAUGGGCGGGAGGCACUUCUAGCCCCUCUGGCGCUGCGGAUAGAGGGCUUUGUGCACAGGGAUCUCAAGCCGGCCAACAUCCUAUUCGGGGGAAAGAAUAGGGUUAAGAUAUGCGAUUUUGGCCACUCGGCCCAGCUUGAGUCCCUGUGGGGAGGUGGGGUCGGGACGAUGUUUUACAAGGCUCCGGAGAUUCUUGAUGAUUCAGACACGUAUACGAGUGCGGUGGAUGUUUGGUCCGUGGGAUGCAUGAUGGCGGAGUUUGUGUUGGAUAAGCCCCUUUUUCGCGGGCGGUCGGAUGGUCAACAACUUAAGUGCAUACGUAGGUUGGUCUGUGGCCAGACAAACCUAGUACGGAUGUACAUCAUGUCUAAGUCUGCCUCGUUAUUAGGCACGACGAGGCUCAGUGAAUCGGGAUUGGAUCUGCUCGAGAAGCUUUUGGCGUUCGAUCCGUCGGAUAGGAUAUCAGCCAGAGACGCUCUCAAUCACCCAUGGUUAGAGAAGGAGUUUGAAGAUUGA